AUGCCAUUUGUUAAAGACUUUAAGCCACAAGCUUUGGGUGACACCAACCUAUUCAAACCAAUCAAAAUUGGUAACAAUGAACUUUUGCACCGUGCUGUUAUUCCUCCAUUGACUAGAAUGAGAGCCCACCAUCCAGGUAAUAUUCCAAACAGAGACUGGGCCGUUGAAUACUACACUCAACGUGCUCAAAGACCAGGAACCUUGAUUAUCACCGAGGGUACCUUUCCCUCUCCACAAUCCGGUGGUUACGACAAUGCUCCAGGUAUUUGGUCCGAAGAACAAAUAAAGGAAUGGACUAAAAUUUUCAAGGCUAUUCAUGACAAAAAAUCGUUCGCGUGGGUCCAAUUAUGGGUUCUAGGUUGGGCUGCUUUCCCAGACACCCUUGCUAGGGAUGGCUUGCGUUACGACUCCGCCUCUGACAAUGUUUAUAUGAAUGCGGAACAAGAAGAAAAGGCUAAGAAGUCCAACAACCCACAGCACAGUCUAACAAAGGAUGAAAUCAAGCAGUACAUCAAAGAAUAUGUCCAAGCUGCCAAGAACUCUAUUGCUGCUGGUGCCGAUGGUGUUGAAAUUCACAGCGCCAACGGUUACUUGUUGAACCAAUUCUUAGACCCUCACUCUAAUAACAGAACUGAUGAAUAUGGUGGAUCCAUCGAAAACAGAGCCCGUUUCACCUUGGAAGUGGUUGAUGCCAUUGUUGAUGCCAUUGGUCACGAAAAAGUUGGUUUGAGAUUGUCCCCAUAUGGUGUCUUUAACAGUAUGUCUGGUGGUGCUGAAACCAAUAUUGUUGCCCAAUAUGCUUAUGUCUUAGGUGAACUAGAAAGAAGAGCUAAAGCCGGUAAACGUUUGGCUUUCGUCCAUCUGGUUGAACCUCGUGUCACCGACCCAUUCUUAGUUGAAGGUGAAGGUGAAUACAAGGGAGGUAGCAACGAGUUUGCUUAUUCCAUCUGGAAGGGCCCAAUCAUUAGAGCUGGUAACUUUGCUCUGCACCCAGAGGUUGUCAGAGAGGAGGUUAAAGAUCCUAGGACAUUGAUUGGUUACGGUAGAUUCUUCAUCUCCAACCCAGAUUUGGUUGACCGUUUGGAAAAGGGACUGCCAUUGAACAAAUAUGACAGAGACACCUUCUACAAAAUGUCAGCUGAGGGCUACAUUGACUACCCUACAUAUGAAGAAGCUCUCAAACUCGGUUGGGACAAAAAUUAA